CUCGCUUUCCUUCUUCCUCUUCUAUAUUCCUCCAUUUCCCCGGGGAAGAGGCGACGACCGACCGAUCUCUCGGAGCCAUCUUUCGCUCGUCGUCCUUCGAUCCCACCUGCUUCCCUCGCGCGGCAUCUACACCCCGAUCCGAUCGUAGCCGAAAGAUCGGCGUCGACGCCAAGAUCUUGCCGAUGGACGCCAUGCGCUUCAUCAAGAAAGUCCUGAAGCAGCAUACUGAAGAGAAUGAACAUACUUUGUCGGGCCUUGCUGCUCAAGUCACAAUUCACUAUGGCAUUCCAUAUACUGCAUCUAUUUUAGCUUUUGAUCCUAUUCAGAGACUAUUGGCAAUUGGAACUUUGGAUGGUAGGAUAAAAGUUAUUGGAGGUGAUAAUAUUGAAGGCCUUCUUAUAUGCCCAAAGAAGGUUCCCUAUAAAUAUUUAGAGUUUCUACAUAAUCAAGGAUUUCUUGUCACCAUUACAAAUGAGAAUGAAGUCCAGGUUUGGAAUUUAGAGCUCAGGCAACUAGUUCAUUGUUUUCAGUGGGAGGCUAAUGUUACUGCCUUUUCUGUAAUCUAUGGGACCUACUUGAUGUAUAUUGGAGAUGAGAAUGGGCUGCUGUCUGUAUUGAAGUAUGAUGAAGAAAAUGGAGAACUUUUGAAGUUGCCUUAUCAACUUCCUGCUAAUGCUGUAGCUGAAGCAGCUGGGAUUUCCAUUCCUGACAUUCAGUCGAUUGUUGGAAUUCUUCCUCAGCCUGGUACUUCCUCGACUAGAGUGCUGGUUGCAUAUGAGAAGGGAUUACUAAUUCUUUGGGAUAUUCACAAAGGACAAGCUGUUACCACCAGAGGUCAUACAAACCUGCAAUUGAAAGGUGCAGAGGGCCCUGAUUCUCUCAGUGAGACUAGUGAUCAGCUUCAAAGCAAUGCAGCCAACCAUGAUGGAGACAAUGAAAUUUGUUGUCUUUGCUGGGUAUCUACUAACGGUUCAAUUGCUGCUGUGGGUUACAUGAAUGGUGAUAUACUAUUGUGGGACUUCUCAUAUAGUUUCUCAGUAAAAGGGCAACAACCCCAGAUAUCAUCCAGUAAUGUGAUUAAGCUGCAGUUGGCAUCAGGAGACCGCAGGCUCCCAGUCAUUGUCUUGCACUGGUCUGCUAAUUGUAAAGGAAAUAUCGAUAAAGGAGGGCAGCUUUUUAUCUAUGGUGGUGAUGAGAUUGGAUCUGAAGAAGUUUUAGCAGUUCUGACUCUUGAAUGGUCCUCGGGAGUGGAGACUGUAAAGUGCAUCUCACGUGUGGAUCUUAAUCUUAAUGGAUCCUUUGCAGACAUGAUCCUGAUCCCUGAUGUUGGUGCAUCGGAUAAAAAUUCCACUGCUGCUCUUUUUGUAUUGACAAACCCGGGGCAAAUAAAUGUCUAUGAUGGUGCUGUGUUAUCAGUGUUAAAAUCUGAGGGAAAUCAUUCUGCUCAAGCUGAAAAUUUUCCACUAGUUGUACCAACCAUCGAUCCAUGUAUGACUGUGGCAAAACUUUGUCUGCUAUCCAAGGGCAGUAGUGCUUCCAAGGUUUUGUUUAAGAAAUUUUAUGCUAGAACAACACGUUCGUCUACUCUUUCUGCGGGCACAAAGUGGCCUUUGACUGGUGGGGUCCCUCCUGAAAUGUCCUAUGAAGAUUAUGAGGUUGCAAAAUUAUUUAUAGCUGGUUAUCAAGAUGGAUCCCUUAGAAUAUGGGAUGCGACGUAUCCGAUUUUAGGACUUAUGUUUGUGUUAGAAGGAAAGCUGCCAGUGAUUCAAGUGGAUGGUGCAUUUGCAGCAGUAUCAGCAGUCGCCCUUUGCUCGUUAAGUAUGACCUUGGCUGUUGGUGAUGAACGUGGUCUGGUUCGCAUCUAUAAGCUUCAAGAAAACACAAAUGGUUCAAGUUUUCAAUUUGUGACCGAGACUAACCAUGAAGUUCAUAUAAUUCAUCACGGGCAAGGAUUUCAUUGCAUAGCAGCCUUUUCUAUCUUAAACUCUCCAGUUCGGGACAUUCAUUUCACAAAUUCUGGGAGCCACAUUGCUGUAGGGUUUGAAAGUGGUCAGGUGUUGAUGCUUGAUAUGACAUCACUAUCUGUACUGUUUCGUACAGAUUGCACUUCUGGAACUAACUCUGCAGUAAUUUCUGCGAGCAUGCCCUCUAUUUCUCAGUGUAUUCUUCAAGUAAGCAGUCCAGAGCAACUAAGCCCCUGUAUAACAAACCCUACAGAAGUGGUACUCACUCUCACCAAGGAUUCACAAAUUGCAAUUAUGGAUAGCAGAACUGGGGCUAUUAUAGGCUCCAGAACGGUGCAGCCAAAGAAGGAAUCUGUUGUGAUUUCCAUGCAUGUUAUAGAGGGAAGUGUCUCAGCAUCAAAAGCAGUUGCUGAGCCUGAGAAAUGCUCCCAGAACCUGCCAGAUGAACCUUCUUCUCAAAGUGGACCUGAGAGAAGCAAUAAUCGUGAACCAAGAGAAACAAAAGAACUUCAAGGCUGUCGCCCAGAGGAUGCUCCAUAUUCUUGUGAAACAUUAAUAGAUCCACUACUUGUGCUAUGCUUUGCAGAUUCUCUAUGCUUGUACCCUUUAAAGUCUGUGAUAGAGGGGAAUAGCAACUUUUUUCAUAAGGUGAACCUAGCACAAAGAAUUUGUUGGUCAACGAUAUUAAAGGUAGAUGCAAAGGCACCAGAACUGAUACUACUAUUUGAGACAGGAACUAUUGAAAUAAGGUGUUUGCCAGGUCUGGAAAUUAAGGCGGAAAGCUCCUUAAUGUCCAUUCUAAGAUGGAGCUUCAAGACAAACAUGGAUAAAACCAUGAGUUCCUCUGAUGAUGGGCUUAUUGCUUUGGUGAAUGGAUGUGAAGUUGCUUUCAUCUCUUUUUUGGAUGAUCAAUCCAGGUUUGCAGAACUUAUGCCUUGCCUUCAUGAUAAAGUUCUGGCAUCUGCUACUGCCGCUGCCCUUAAUCACUCCAUAGAUUUGAAGAAAACACAGAUGACCUCUCCUGGGAUAUUUGGUGGUAUCAUAAGAGGACUUAAAGGAGGUAGAACAGAUAUAAAUGACAUUGUUAAUGAUGGUAUUCCUAGCUAUAGUUCCACCAAACAACUGGAGCAAUUAUUUUCAAGGUUCCCAUUCUCGGACCAAUCAACCACUAUCAUUCGCAAUGAAGAAGUUGGCGAACUGAGCAUUGAUGACAUCGAGAUUGAUGAUCCAUUACCUGCACCAUCUACUUCAACUACUGUAACUAAGAGUAAAAAUAAAGACGAGGAGAAGGAAAGAGAAAAAUUGUUUCAAGGAUCUACUAAUGAUUCAAAGCCAAGAAUGAGAACUCCUCAAGAGAUUCUAACCCAAUAUCGCUUUGCUGGGGAUGCCUCAGCAGCAGCAGCUCAUGCAAGAGAAAAGCUUGUACAGAGGCAGGAGAAGCUUGAGAGAAUUAGUCGACAUACUGAGGAGCUUCAGAAUAAUGCUGAAAGUUUUGCUGCAAUGGCGAAUGAACUUGUGAAGACCAUGGAGAAUAAGAAAUGGUGGAAAAUAUAGACUAAUUUUGAAGAUGUUCCUUCCUAUACAAAAAAACAGAAGAUUACAUGGCCAUGCAUUUAGCUUCUCGGCUGUGAAAAUUGUAUAGUAGCUUCACCUUCCAAUCAAUUGGAGCCAGUGAUUGCCAGUGGUCACCUGAAUUGUGAACUGUGAAGGAGUUGGGAGGAUGGUUGCCUUAUGGGUUUCAUCGAGUAGAUUCAGUGAUAGAAUGUGUAUAUCUAUUGUAUAUUUAUAAGCUAUCAAAGACGUGAUGUCAUUGGCAGGUGAAAUGCUUGCUUUUCGGCUAUUUUUAUUGCUGCUACAGUUGACUUGUUGAUCAUAUAUGCUGCUGCUUUUAUCUCAAGUUUUUAAGCUUCAGAUUGUUGUA